GACUUUAGAGUAAUGUUUGUCUCAAUCCAUACAAAGAGUGAAAGCAAUUGAAUAAUAAUUAUUGUCUCAUAUUUUGAUUGCCAUUAUUUUGGACACCAAUUGUACACCAAUUGGACAAUCGAUUGAAUCCCUGGCUUUUGGUUAUCAUAAAAAUGAUGUCACGAUCCGUGAGAGCAGAGACCAGAUCCCGGGCUAAGGAUGACAUCAAGCGAGUGAUGCAGGCCAUCGACAAAGUGAGGAAGUGGGAGAAGAAAUGGGUGACAAUCGGCGACACAACGAUGAAGAUAUAUAAAUGGGUUCCCAUUACUAACUAUGAGAGCAGCGGUCGAUCCAAAGGCAAGACGAGCAGUACAUCCAGUAAUGGUAACAACAAUAAGGAGAAUAUUCGCGAAUCGAAGUCUAAUUCUUCGCGAACCUCAUCGCUGCUGGCGGUGGCCAACGAUGACUCCAUCACCGGAUUCAGUGAAUGCAGUCAAGAAGACAAUAAUGUGAAUGACAUGUCAAAUAUGUCUCAAUUGGGUGUUAGUAUGGCUGACGAGACGUCUAAUAUGAGCGCCAGUCUUCUGGACAACAGCACUGACGCCCAGUUUCCCGACAACUGCGACAAUAACACCAAUGACUCCAAUUAUAGAGACUCGAAGAGAGAGUCCGUCCAAAACGACAACAACUCUCCUAAGAAACAAAAGACUUGAAUGUCAUGUCUUUCUCUCUCAUCUAUACUUUACACUUAAAUUAAUUUAAACUUUAUUUUAAUUUUA